AUGUCUGAUAUCAACACUACACUCAUAAACUCUGUCAGAAAAAUUGAAAUUGAUAUUGCUGAAAUAAAGCAAAUGGUACACAUGCUUCAAGAUCAGUUUAGCAAACAAUUUGCCCCAACUGUAAGUGCAAAAGACAUUAGUACAAUGCAACAAAACAUUAUUGAGCAAAUACAUUUGCUUGCCUUAUUAAUAUUAUGGCAUAUAAUUUCCUCUUUGGUAGCUCUUGAACGUGUUGCUGAGUCUGUAAAACGGUCUCAAUUCACUGAGUAUCCUGACCAGCUUGGCAAGCAAGUAAUUGGCACAGGUGGCAAUUUCAAAAGAAAAAAUGAAGCCCAGAAAUACAAUUUGUUGUUGCAGUUGCUUCACGAACAGGACUGGAAAGCAUGCUGCAAAGAAAUUCCAGAAGGACAACCUCUGCCUCAACUAGUACUUCUUUCAGACAGCAAUUUGACAAUGAAGCGACUACAGCUUAAGACUUUGAGUCGUAGCAUCAAGCAUAACCUGAUUGACAAGGACUUUCCUGCUUUCAGUAAAGAAUGGAAAGGUAUCCUGGCAAAGCACCAGGAGUAUUACAUGAUGCAAUUGGAGAGACUGGCGAAGGAUAACGGCUUUACUAUUUACAAAUGCAAGAGCAUCUUCAAAAGUGACAACCAGAAGCAAAAAAGAAGAAUAGUAGAGAAGAACAACGCACAGCAAGAUGCAAAUAAUUCUUCAUUGUCUUCUGAUAAUAUGUCAGAAAUGGAUGGUGGCAAGUCGCCUAUUAUGGUGGAUGUGCUGUCUCCUCUGGCAGAAAUGAGUGUUAAGCCAGCACACAAGAGAAGCCAAAGAUCAUAG